AUGCUCACCUUCAGGAGGGCCCUGGUUGCUGCGGGCUUCCUUAUCACCAUGCUCUUCCUCAUCUCUCGAACGCACACCACGAAGCCAUAUCAGGAGCCACUGCCCCCGAAAGAUGCUACGGAGGUGCAACAAAGCGUAAAGGACGAAGGGCAGACGAAAACUGGAUACGCCCCGACUACCCCUGUCUCGACCUCGAGUUCCGCCAAGGUGGCUCCCGCAGUUGCUGAGAAGAGGCCCCAGCCCGGACAGCAAUUGCUGCAGGACUUAUCACGGGCACCACUGAAGGACCGGCUCGCAUACCAAUUCCCCUACGACGUUGAGUCCAAGUUCCCCGCGUACAUCUGGCAGACCUGGAAAUACACGCCGGCAUCUGGUGAUUUUGGGGAGAGCUUCCGUCCGGCUGAGGCAAGUUGGUCGGAGAAGCAUCCAGGUUUCAUACAUGAGGUCAUCACGGAUCAGGUUGCGGUGCAUCUUCUGCGGCAUCUGUAUGCCUCGGUGCCGGAGGUUCUCGAGGCCUACAACUCCCUUCCCCUUCCCGUGCUGAAGGCCGACUUCUUUCGCUACCUAAUCCUACUGGCCAGAGGAGGCAUCUACUCUGAUAUCGACACGCAUGCCAUCAAGUCGGCCGCCGAUUGGCUCCCGGACAGCGUUCCCCGGGAGGCCAUCGGACUGGUGGUCGGUAUUGAAGCAGACCCCGACAGGGAGGACUGGGCACAGUGGUACUCACGCAGGAUCCAGUUCUGCCAAUGGACCAUCCAAGCGAAACCAGGGCACCCGGUCCUCCGCGACGUUGUUGCCAACAUCACACUCCGGACCCUGCAGAAGAAGAAGGACGGAUCGUUGAAGUCCUUCCAAGACAAGAAUGUCAUCGAGUUUACUGGGCCCGCUGUAUGGACGGAUGCCAUCUUUGACUAUAUGAACGACGAGAAGUAUUUCGACAUGAACACUGGGAGUGGCAACAUUACGUGGAGGGAUUUCACCGGCAUGACGGCCCCUAAGAAGGUUGGCGAUGUUGUCGUCCUGCCCAUUACGAGUUUUAGUCCGGGGGUAGGACAGAUGGGAGCCGGGGACUAUGAUGAUCCGAUGGCUUUUGUCAUGCAUGAAUUUGAGGGAACUUGGAAACCAGAGAGCGAACGGCAUAUUGGCGAAGAAACAGCCUCUUGA